AGUCAGGGUGCUGUGAUCUCGGAAGCGCUCAACUCGACUGGCUCGUCCCUCCAUCUCUAUUCGUUGUGGACGGCCGAAGCCUGUCGCCCCAACCCUUUUGCCCAAAUGCCUGCUGCUCCCGGCCACAAGGCCAAGUCUGCAAGCGAUCCAGACUAUGUUGCAGCAUCUCUUCCACUCGUGGCCAGAUCAUACCCUUCACCUUUUGCCAGCAAACAGCCUGCACGUCUGUCACUGCCUCCACCCAUUCUCUGUCUGCUUUGCAAUCUAUUAAUCUUCCAUUCUGUAUCCAUUACUCUGUCCCUCUGGCAACAGCCUCAUUGUGAACUCACUUUAUCACAACCCACUCUGUGGCUCUCUCAGCCCAACCCUCCUCCACGUCCCAACAGUCCGACGUUGUAUUCCGUCUGUCCGCCUCUUACUUGGCUCUACAGUCUGCCUCCGACCCGCCGGUUCUUUGCGUCGCCACGUUACUUUCGUCCUCAUUUGAUGCCCCUCUUCGCUGCCCCUCCCCAUCAAUUCUGUCUAUCCGUGUGUCUGUCCGUCUCUCCGUCUCUCCGUCUCUCUAGCCGUCAAACUCGUCCGACUGUGAUCCCAUUUCUGCAGUCGUCCAAGCACCCAGAGACGCGGACACGUAGAAAUAAAUCUCUGGAAGCACACACCAACACACCAACACACCCACACACACACACCCACACACACACACACACACACACACAAAUACACACAUACACACAUAGACAUACGAGUCUGAUCGAGUGUAGACUUGGCUUGUCGCGCAUUUCGGUACCUUCUGGCCUCGAUGGUCUGACCGGCGGCAACAUGUCCGACAGGCUCUCGUCCGGCAGCGCCGCCUCCUCCUGCUGCUCGCCGCGGCCGCCGACGAGGCUGGCGACGCUUGCGCUGACGGCCGCGCUGAUGCUGCUCACGUCGGCCAGACUCGAGCGGUGCGACGCGGCUCGGCCGUACGGCGCGAUCCUCUCGAGCCCCGGCGGCCGGUGCGUCCGCGUCCCCUCCGAUCCGCAGUACUUGCGUCGGCCGACGGACGGCGGUUUCGAGGUGCGCGCCUACCUGUUGCCGAGGUCGCACAAGACCCGACCCGGCCGGACUCGCUACAGUCAGGCCGAGUUGGUACAGGAGCCGCCGGUCGAGACGUACCAACCGCCGGCCGGCUUCCUGGCGCGUCGCGAGUACCAAGUCGUGGUGGGCCCGCAGCGCGGCCUCGCCGGCUUCGCGGCUCCGCAGCAUCUGCUCGCCGUCUACAUCGUCGCGGUGCCCGCCGGCACGCCGGAGCUCGACGAGCCGCACCACGGACUGGGCUACUUCUUGCCCAACAACUGCUCCGCCGACGCGGGACUCGGCAGCGCCCAUUUCGACUACACUUUCCCCUCCCAGUUCGGCUUCGUCUGGAUCGCUCCGCGCCUCCGAGUCGCCACCGCAACCACCACCACCACCACCACCGCCGCCGCCGCCGCCGAGUCGCCGCACCCUCUCCGGCCGUCCAGAGCUCGUCUGCCCUGUCUCGAGCUCAGGGCCGUCGUGGUGCCGCGCACCUCCUCCUACAUCUACUACAAAGACGCCGGACGACUGACGCUGCGGCUCUGUCUGCUCUCCGUCGCCGACACGGACGACUACGACUCGGACGGCGACGGCGACGGCGACGGCGACGUCGACGGCGACGGCGAGGUGCUGACGCUGGGCGCGGGACUCGGCUCGACGCACUUUCUGCAGCCCGGCCAGCCCGGACACAGACGCGGCGACGGCGACGGCGACGGCAACGGCAACGGCGACGGCGACGGCAAGACGGGCCGGUACCCGCGCGGCCGGCCGUUCAUCCAGACGGGGCUGAACGGGACUCGCUGGACGUCGAGUACUUGGACGGAGGAGGGCGAGAGGGUGGCUCGCGCCGACCGUCGACCGCCUCGAGCCCCCCGGUUCGAGAGCCCCGGCGGCGGCGACGAGGAGCGACCGAGCGCCGGACGCGGCGGCGUCGAACUGGCCGGCCAGUUCGUCCAGUCGACGCAGGCGCCGGACGACGUGUGUCGGCGUCGCGAGGCGGAGAAACGGCGCGACUGCCAGGCCUGCCACACGGCGAUCUACCGGAUGACGGUGCGCUCCGACUGGCAGAAGCAGCAGCACUGGCGCGACUGGCCCGUCUACGACGCCAAACUGGCCGAGCGGAUGCCGCAAUGGACGGACAUUCUAGGCAAGCCGACAGCCCACUUUUUGCCACUUCGUGACCGUCUCCAGACGACCCACGGACCUUGA